CGACAAAUCCUCACUGGAACUGAUAGUUCGCCUCGCAACUCCCAAGGUCUCCCUCUCUCAUAAAACCAGAAAGAAGAAAAAGGAAACAACGACAUUGAGAAGAAACCAGAAAGCAAGAGGGUUCAGUCGAAGGAGAGCAGAACACAAAAUUGUGAAACCAACAAUCUCCACUGUCCAAGGAGAGCAUCACUCUCACACUGUCAAAAACAAAAAAUAAAAGCUCACCAUUUCUCGCUUUCUGUUUCCCUUCAUUAUAAGAAAAGUGAAGUUUGAGCUUGGGUUUUGUUUAAUGGUGAUGGAUCCACUAGCUAUGAUGAGCGAUGGGAGGUACAAUCUAGCGGAGAUCUGGCAGUACCCAGUUAGUGAAUCAGGGAUAAGGAUGGGUAAGUUUGGAUCCGGGUCGGGUCAGAUCGUCGACCCGAACCAGGAGGUUUCUGGUAAUGGUCCAGUUAGCUUGGAACAACAGCUCAGAGGAGGUGGUGGUGUGAGGAGAAGGCGUGAUGAGGAAGACGAGGCAGCUAAGUUUGGGCAGAAUGAUUGUGAUGGGAAGAGACUUAAAGCAUCAGUAGGUACAGAUGAGCGUCAAGAUUCUAAAGCCGAUGCAGAACCCAGUUCAGGCAAACCGGUGGAAGAAAAAGCACAACCGCCACCACCGGAGCCACCUAAACAAGACUACAUCCACGUGCGAACUAGAAGGGGUCAAGCUACCGAUAGUCACAGUCUAGCAGAACGGGCAAGGAGAGAAAAGAUCAGCGAACGAAUGAAAAUUCUUCAGGAUCUGGUCCCUGGCUGCAAUAAGGUUAUUGGCAAAGCGCUUGUCCUUGAUGAGAUAAUUAAUUACAUUCAAUCACUGCAACAUCAAGUCGAGUUCUUGUCAGUGAAGCUUGAAGCAGUCAAUUCAAGAAUGAACACUGCCGUCGAAGUAUUUUCACCUAAAGAUUAUGGCCAUCAAACUUUUGAUACUUCUGGAAUGGCAUAUGGUUCACAAGCAACGAGAGAAUACAGUCGUGACACAUCACCCGAGUGGUUGCAUAUGGGUGGCGCUUUCGAAAGAACAACGUAAUAUAGAUAACCCCUUGUCAAUACACAAUAAGAGAGACUCAAUAUUUUCCGUGCUCGAAACGGGGCAUGGAGACGCUAUUGCUGUCAAAAAGAAUGCUAAAGGUUAUUGCCUUAAAACAUCAUACUUGUGUUUUGGACAAUGUAUUGUUUUACUAUGUUACAUGUUUAGGCUUAACGCCACGCCUUCUCUGUACUGAUAUACCUGAACAAAACAGAAUCUCCUGGGAUUGAUUAUUGUUGUUGUACAAGAAAGUUUACUAGUUCGGGAUCACCGAAGCUUAAAUGUGGAGUCAAACUUU